UCGGUAGCGGCGGCGGCAGCGCCGGGAACGGGUGGGGAGCGGCUCCCGCCCCCGGGCACCGUGUCCGAGGAGGAGGAAGGGCAGGAGAAGGCUCGUAGCCUGGGGAGGUGGGGCCGGGGCAGGUGCCAGGGGAGGCAGGAAGGGGCGGGCAGGGCGCUGCCUGUUCCUCGCCAUUGGGAAUCAGCCGCAGGCAGCGGCAACAACCCGGCCCCGCUGAGUCGUGCUGGAGAAGUGUUGGGUCCCCCAUCCACGGGGCUCCGCUUCCCCCGGCGGCGGGGAGAGCAGCCGGAGCGCUGCGAGGAUCCCGGAGUCCGGCGGCAGCUCGGAGCCGAGCACCGGAGGAGGCUCCAGCACCGAAACCCGAUCUCAAACCCUUGCGGAGCCCCGGACCGAAGCCCCGACGGAGGCGUCUGCCUGCAGCCCGGAGCGGAGUCCCGCAGGAGCGUCCGGGAACCCGGCUGAACCCCUCACUGAAGCCCCAUCGGAGGGUCCCGGAGCUCGGCUGAACCCCGUAGCGAAGCCCAGUCGGCGGGUCCUGGAGCCGGGUUGAGCCCCGUAGCGAAGCCCGCUCGGAGGGUCCCGGGGCAGAACUGAACGCCGUAGCAAAGCCCGCUCGGGGGGUCCCGGGGCAGAACUGAACGUCGUAGCAAAGCCCGGUCGGGACAGCCGGUUGCACCGCAGCCAGAGCCUCCGUAACACGCUCGGAGGAGUCUCCCGGAGCCCUCGGGACCCCCAAGCCUCGGUGAGCGGCGUUACCCGGGGGAAUCACCCCCCGGUUCCUCCAUGGACUGAGAUGGCCUCGGAGCUGGCCAUGAGCGCGGAACUGCCCACCAGCCCCCUCGCCAUCGAAUACGUGAACGAUUUCGACUUGAUGAAGUUCGAAGUGAAGAAAGAACCGGCGGAGGCGGAGCGGCUGUGCCACCGGCUGCCCGCCGGUUCCCUCUCCUCCACCCCGCUCAGCACGCCCUGCUCCUCCGUGCCUUCCUCGCCCAGUUUCUGCGCUCCCAGCCCCGGCGGGCAACCGGCUCCUGGUCCCCCAACAACCACAGCGUCCUCCCUGGGCUCCAAACCUCAGCUGGAGGAGCUGUACUGGAUGUCGGGUUACCAGCAUCACCUCAAUCCCGAAGCUCUCAACCUGACACCGGAGGACGCGGUGGAAGCGUUGAUCGGUGCCCCUCACCAUCAUCAUCAUCACCAUCAAGCUUACGAGUCUUUCCGACCUCAGCCUUUCGGCGGUGAGGAGUUACCGCCGGCCGCCCAUCAUCACCCCGGCCAUCACCAUCAUCAUCAUCACCACCUGCGCUUGGAGGACCGCUUCUCCGACGACCAGUUGGUGAGUAUGUCGGUACGGGAGCUGAACCGGCAGCUGCGGGGGUUCAGCAAGGAGGAGGUGAUUCGCCUCAAGCAGAAGAGGAGGACCUUGAAGAACCGAGGCUACGCUCAGUCCUGCCGCUACAAGCGGGUCCAGCAGAGGCACAUCUUGGAGAACGAGAAAUGUCAACUUCAGAGCCAAGUGGAGCAACUCAAGCAGGAGGUGACCCGUUUGGCCAAGGAAAGGGAUCUGUACAAAGAAAAAUACGAGAAAUUAGCCGGCCGGGGUUUCCCGAGGGAACCCUCCCCAUCCGCCGCCCCUAAACCCGCCGCUGACUUCUUCAUGUGAGCCCCGGGGUAGGGGGUGGAGGGAUCCCCCCUUUUUUCCCCCUCACCCCACGUGGGGAAGGCAAACCCUCUGCUUGUAUAAAAAUAUAUUAUUAUUAUUUUGUUUGUUUUCCUCCCCUGACAUUUUUGGGGAGGGCGGACCUGGAGCCAGCCUGCAUGCGGGACGUGUACGGCGCUUCCCACCCCCCCAAACCCCGGGAGCAUCAGCGCCAUCCAGGUGGCUUCUUCCUCCCCUCCUCCUCCUCUUCCUCCCCCUUUAUCCUGCGUGUUUUACCCCCAAUUCGAUUUGUAUUGGGUUUUACGGGGGGUCCCCGGCAGCGCUGCGCUUUGCCCGGCCCCGCACCCCCCUCCCGGCCGGCAAAUCUGAGCCACAUUUAACUUAUUCACCCUUGUAAAUAUGUAGAAAUUAGUUAGUUUUCUGCCUUUUUUUUUCUUUUCCUUGAGCCUAUAUUUUGCUUGGUGAUUUACGAACAAGAAAUCCUUUAGAAAACGAGAAAAAAAAUACACGAGUCUUAAAAGUUUGUAUGUAAUAGCAUGCAAAUAAUAUCCGAGUUAAUUUAACGAUGUUGGGAAGAAGCCGAAUGCACUAUAUACAGGAAUCAAUUGGGUUAAAUAAUACUGUUUUAUAGAGAUUUAAAAUUAUCUAUGCUCUUAAAAAUAGUGGCGGGGGGAGAGGUAACAAUUCUAGGGUGACCUGAGAGGCGAUAUAGUAAUAUAUGGACUGCAAACGGUUGGCUGCUAUCUCACUAUGCACCAGAUUUAUUUAUUAACCCUCGGGAAACGGAGUAUUAUUUUAACCUCGGUGUUGAAAGAUGGAAAGAAAAUGCACAUUCUUGCGCAAAAUAAUAGACAAUAAUCUGUGCAAUUGUGUUUGGAGCAAAAGCGCGAAGAUGAAGGUUUUUUUUUAACGAAUUGCUUAUUUAAAAAAGAAAAACGAUAAAAAAAAUAAUCUUGGGGAGGGGGAAAAAAGGGUCUUUGAACAAAGCGAGCUUGGGAGCCUGGUGCAUUUUAGGUACUGAUCGUGCGAAGCGUUUUUAACGACCUGUUGUUUCGAUUUGUGACGGUUUUAACGAUGUUGCAUCAAGAUAAAAAACAACUCAUAUUCAACUAGAGCUUGGGUCGGAUUUUUCUCUCUCAAUCCGGGGGGGAGCCCACAGAGUCACGUUUUCGUUUGGGGGGUUGCUGCUGCUUCCUUUGGGUUCCUGGUACGGAUGCGAAACCCUCCCCGAGCUCCGUAGUGAUGAAUCCCGCGUCGCCCGUCGCUCCAUCACUUGUGAACCCGGGACCACUAUCUGCUCGACACCGCUGAACUCUGGCUUUUCACUUUGUCUACCUUUUCUUUCCUUUUAAAUUAUUUUUUAAGCUGGGUAAUGUGUGUUUUUAUUUUUUUUUUUCCCUUUUUAAGUUAUUUUAGAGUUUUGUUUUCCUCCCCAAGACACCCAGAGACCUUCAUCCCCGCAGCCGCUGAAAAGCCGCUUUGGAUCCUAUUUGAUCCCAGCUCCUCUGACAUCGCCCCGAUGAGCUGCCCCCUUAAUGUUUUAAUUGGUAAAACAAAUUACUUUCCGUUCUCCUUUUUGCCUUCUCCCUUUUGAGUUUUUACUUAAAGGAGGGUGGAGGAAAAAAUAACCCCCAAAUCGAAUGGGUGCAUUAUCUAAAAUAAAACUUUAGGGUUGGUAUUUUUACACUUUUUGGGACUGUUUGCAGGGUUUUGUGUCCCCGGCCGCUCUUUGUGCCGCUGGGACGGCUGCCCCGCUCGCAGAUCUCCCCGACCGCCCUGGGUUUGGGGGGCGUAAUUUGAGCCCUUGGUUCUGUAUAUUCCUAAUUAUGCUAUAUCUUUAUAUAUAUUUUUUUAAGGGUUUGUUUCUUCCUGUAUUUUUGCACGGACGUGACCGGGAGCUGCCCCAGCACGUUGACUGCGGUGUAUUUCCUCCAUAAAUCACCUCCAUAAAUUAGGCUGAUGUAACCCCCCCUCAGGCCCUGGGAUUUUUGGGGAUGUCUGUGUCCCCAGAACCUCUUGCUCUGUCUCCUCUGCACCCCCGAACUUAUCCCUCUAUUUUUUUCCCCCUUUUGGACUUAUUGUAAUUUUGUUGUGUCCAGAAGGUUUUUUGAGCAACCCAAGUUCUAUCCGGCUCUGUUUUUGGGAUGGGACCGGGAUGCAGGGAGGGACCCUUGUCCCAUGAUGGAUGCACCAGAGCUGGGUACAAAUUGGGGUUUGGGGGAGGGGGGUUACCCCUUAUUCCUAUUUUAAUUUAGACCUAGGGAAGUUUAGUAAACCCUUCUUUACAUAAAAUAACCCGUCCUGUUGCCUGCGCAGUGUCUCACAGGACGUCACCUCCUCUCCUUGUUUUGUUUUUUUGGGGGGAUGAGUUGCAGCUUCUUAGUGUGUUACUCCCCAACUUUUUGUCCCAACAUCCCCAUCCUCGGCUCAUUUUAAUUUCCUUUUUUGGGGUGGGGGAAGUGCUUCCAGCUGCUCACCCCAUGACAAAAUUGAGUUCGGGGAGGAAAAUAAAGGGUUUGAGGCCAGCGCCUUCCCCAAACCAUCCCAAAGACCUUGUUUCCCCUACAGAUAUUUGGAUCUCGCUCCGGUCCAUGCUCACUUUGGGCUUGUCCUGUGUGUCCCCUUUCCCAUCCAUGGUGGGGCUGAGUGGAGCAGCAGAUCCGACUGUGCAGGAUUUUUGGGGGGUCUGGCAUGAUGCUCCAUGAUAUCUUUCCACCGCACCAGCUGAGCAAAGGGAGCAAUUUGGGGCUGAGAAUGCCUGAUUUUUAUUUUUAUUUAUUUUAUAUUAUUUUUUCACCCCUUGCCUUGGUACCCAACACUACUCAGCCCUUCCAUCCAGUUCUCCUUUGAUUUAUAUUCUUCUUUUUCAUGCUGCAGCAAUGUGGGGAAGGCACAACCCGGGUCUCCCCAUGUUGCUACAGCAGGAGCAGAUUAUUUUGGUGAUUGCGGUGUUACCCUUUUCUCUUCAUCCUUCACCUUCCCAGGGCGACUUUGAACAGGGAUGUGACCCCCAACUCCUUGCAAUGCUGUAACUUUUAACCAUUAUUUUUAUUUAUUUUGUUCUUUGCUGAUUUAUUGUUUUACCAGCACCUCCUGGAAAUCCCCUCAAGCAAGGGAAUGGAGCGGGGAACAAGGUGUUAUUGCCACGAGUUAGUGCUGAAUAAUCCACAGAAAGAUUUGGGGAGUCCAGGGCACUUGCACCCUUCUGCUUUACUCACCCCCUGUCCCCUCACAGUGUUGGGGUGCAUUUGGGGACCCCCAAGUCACCCUUAUCACCUCAAAUUGCUCCUGGAGGGGCUGUCCUGGGUCUGUCCCUCAUUCUAUUUGGUGAAUAAAGAAUAAAAACUAAAGCGGUUUAUGCCCCAAAUGGGGCUGGUUUA